ACAUAAUAAAUUAAAAAAAAGCAUUGUUUGUUUUCAAAAACAUCUCGUAGUUGGUGGAAUAAUAACAACAGAAUGGAGUAUCAUAAAGUUGAAGGCGAAAGGAGAAAUUCAUUUCUCUACAUAGCUGGGAAUAAUUGCUAUGUAAAAAAUAAGAAUCACAACGGUUACAUUUAUUUAAACUGCAAAAACUAUCAACUGUGUGUUGGAACUGCAAAAAUACGCGAAGGAAGUGAUUUACUUGAGACAUUGCGAGGCCACUCUUGUGAUUCCAAAACAGAAAAUUUCAGCCAUUUGGAAGCGAUGGAAAAAAUGAGACUCAAAGCUGCAACUACACAAAUUCCGUAACGCCAGAUUUACAUGGAAAUCAUUCGAGACUGUCCUGAAAAUGUUAAAAUUUUUUUAUCCUACUUAAAAUGUGAACAGAUACUUUGUGCUGCAAGAAAAAUUCAGUACAGAGCAAAUCCUAAAAGCGUAGAAGAAGCAGUAUUGGCAAUAUCUGAGCCAAAUCCAUUUACCAACAUUCUGAAAGGAAUCGUCAGAUUUGAAGACCAGUUGGCCAUAGUAUUUUUUUCAUCAGCACUACUACAAAUACUCUCAGGAUCUACAAUUAUUUUGAUUGGUGCAACAUUUCGCGUUGUUCCUAGCAUCUUCAAAGGAGUCAACUACAAAAUAUCUCCAUUAUGCAUUGUGAUAUUGUCCUUCCUGUGUUUCAUGUUUUUAUGACUGGGAGAAAAGAAGGUAUUUACAUUGCUAUAUUUAGAAAAAUUAAGGAACUUUCAAGUGACUUUCAACCACGAAUUUCUAUGGCUGAUUAUGAAGCAGCAAUAGGCAGUGCCUUGAAGGUUGUCUUCCCUGAAAUAAGAUUGACUGGUUGCCGGUUUCAUUACGGCCAGGCAAUUUUAAGAAAAAUCGAAGCUGUUGGUCUUCAAUCUGAGUACAUCCACAACCCUGCAAUUAAAAGGUGG